CUUUAAAAAAAAUAUUCUCAACAUGGAAGGCCUUGUCUCGAAAGUGAAGUGUCUCACAGAGAAUCUGUGGAUUAAACAUCAAGCAAACACUGAAGACAUAAUUGAGAAGCUCUAUGGUGAAAGCUCUGUGUUAGAAGACUAUCCAAAUUCACAGGAUCCUCAGCUUGAAGAAUGUGCAAUCCAGCUGUGGAACUGGGCAGUUACUAAACGUGUUGGUACAGCUAUUAAUGAGCUCCAGAAAGCAAAAGUGCGUCAUGUUGCUUGCUGUCUACUGUACUGUUGUGAUACGGAGAAUCCAAAAGAGGGCGCUGUCCGCAAGCAGAUUUUGAUGGCAAGCAAGACAGGGAGAACAUGGCUGGAUUGCAAAAAGCCCCAGCUUGCAGAUCACUUUUUAAAUCUAGCGGUUAAAAGCUUGGAGACCCUGUACAGCAAACUCAUUUCCAGAGGAGAUGGAGCAACUGACAUCAACACAUCCAAAGGAGACGUGGAGAAGGACCUGCUCCGAGUCUUCUCCUACCAGGCAGAGUCGGCUCUGGCUCAGGAUAAGCAGCAAGAGGCAGUGGACUGCAUGCAGCGCUGCAAAGACAUGCUGCUGAGGCUCCCUAAAGAGGGUGGAUAUCUUUCUCUCAUGUGCUAUAACUUUGGAGUGGACUCUUUCAAUUUAAAAAAGUACGAGGAGAGUUCUUUCUGGUUGAGUCAAAGUUAUGACAUAGGGAAGACAAACACUAAAUAUUCCCCGGGUGCUGAGGUUCAAGCUAAAGUCCUGAGGCUCCUAGCCACUGUUUAUCUUGAAUGGGACUGUCAGAAGUUUCACGAGAAAGCUCUCAAUGCUGUGAGCUUAGCCAACAAGGAGAGGGUUCACCCCUCUGGACUCUACUUGAAGAUGAGAAUACUUCUGAGAUGUGGUGCCCAGGAGGAACACAUAAGAGCUGGGUUUACAGAGUUGCUAGACUCUGAGGUCCCUCUGGAGGUUUGUCUGAGCAUGGUGAAGAUGCUCAUGGCUGAAGACAGGGAGACGUUGGCCUUUGACUCUCUGAAGAGGGUGUGUCAGCACUUUGAGUCGUCGUCGGAGCUGGGCAGCGCCCUGGUCCUACACAUCGAGCUUCUGCUGCAGAGGGGGAAGGAGCUGCUGGCCAGACAGAAGAUAGAGGACGUCAUCACAGGACACCACACUGGACGACAGCUCCCCCCCCAGAGCCUCACCACUCUGCAUCUGCUGCUCUGGGACAAGGCCUCCCACAACUUUGAGGGUAAGAGCUACUCAGAGGCUCUGCAGUGGUACAACUACUCCCUGAGCUUCUACAAGGCAGGGCAGACGGAGGGCAACCUGGCCAAGCUGCAGAGGAACAGAGCCUCCUGCUUCCUGCACCUCCAGCAGCUGGAGAAGGCCAAAGAGGCCAUUAAGGAGGCCGAAAGAUGUGAUCCAACCAGCAUCUUUACUCAGUUCAGCAUUUACAAGAUUUCCAUCCAGGAGAAUAAUGUGGAGAAAGCUGUGGAGGCGGUGAAGGCCAUGGGCGUGCUGGCCUGUGGUCCGGUGAGCAGCGAGGACAGACUGCUGGUGUGUGAGGACGCAGCCUCCAGCCUCCUCAGCCUGGCUGCUCAGAUCGCUCUGGAGAACGAGCAGCAAGACACGGCCAUCAAGGCCCUGGAGAGCUUGUGUGAACAUUCACAGGAUGGUCCUCAGGUUCUGAAAGCUCUCAGGUGUUUGGUUCGCCUGGUGCUCUCAAGCCUGGAAAAAGCCAGUGAGGAGAUGAGGGAUGCCAAUCUGGAUGUCCUGUUGUCUUAUCUUAGAACGGCACUGCAGAGAGUGUCGGAGCCGAGCCCUGGGACCAGCGUGGCGGGGGCGCCGCGCUCAGAGGACGCCAACUGGUUCAGGAAGAUCGCUUGGAACUCGGCUCUGCAGUGUGAGAGCAGCCCUGGCAGGAUGAGGGAUCUCUUUGUGCUCUCCUACCAGCUGUCCCAGCUGUGCCCUCCAGAUCGGGCAGUGUUGAUGGGCCAGAAGACGUGCCUGCUCAUGGCUGCUGCUGCCUCUCUGGAGCUCUGCAGGAAGUCUCCCCACUCUGACCAGAGCGAGCACCUAACACAAGCCCUGGAGCACAUUCAGGUCUGCUGGGAGGUGUGGAAGACUCUGAAAGCCUCAGGGGACUUCUCCAAGGACCCCACCGACACGCUGCUGCUGCUGUAUGAGUUUGAGGCCCGCACCAAGCUCAACGACCCCCGAGUGGAGACGGUGCUGGAGUCUGUUCUGGAGAUGGAGUGCAUCGAAGCCAAGGUGUUGGAGACCCUCGCAGCGUUGGCCAUGGAUACCCCGGCCCACUUCCCCCUGCUGUGUAAGAAGGCCCUGAGGGUGGCUCUGGCCCUGCACAGGAAGCAGCCCCACACCGACCUGGCCCGCUGCAGUCAGUGUGUCCACAGCCUGAUCCAGCUGUCCCUGCCCAGCGGGGUGUCGGAGGUGGAGGCCAGGGUGCUGGAGGAGGUGUGGGGCUACUACGAGGAGGCCCUGUCAAUCAUCGUCGCCGCAGCGGAGGACUUCCCAGAGAUGGAGAUCCUGUGGCUGCUGACGCGAGCCUGGAACACGGGCAUCCUGCUGUACUGCCUGGCCCAGUACCCCGCAGCCGAGAGGUGGUGCGGCCUGGCCAUGAGGUUCCUCUGCCACCUGGGCUCCCUGCAGGACAGCUACCAGACACAGAUGUCAGGUCUCUACAGUGAAAUCCUAGACAGGUUGGACAAAGCCAAGAAGAGCCUGAUCAUGGAGGAAUGAGGUUUGAUGUGAGCCGUCCUCUGUCCCCGGAGACCUUGUCUACUGGUGUCUGAAGGACGUGGAUGUGUGUAGCUGUUUCAUAUGCUCUACUUUGUUACUGUUCUGUGUUUAGCUGUUCUUAUCCAGCUCAAAAAAUGAAUUAAACAUUAAACCUAAUUUAUUACAGUUUGUAAAAAAAGAAAAGAAU